GGCAACUUUGGUUCUGGUGGGGGGCAGACGGCGCUAGCGGAAGCCAUGUUUGUUGAUCUUCCUUCUGCCUCUUCGGAGUUCGGUACGUUCAGGGUCUGAACGUUCAACAACUCCGUCUGCAUGUCUUUAACAAUAUCACCACUAAAUAUUCUCUACCACCCCCCGAAUGCAGGUAAUACAUUUUUAUUGUUCAUGGUUGCAGUGACAAUGUGUAUCGGCCGAACGUCUCUCUGCAUUUCUCCCGUACGUUUAGCCUCAACUCUUCCCAAGGUCCAAAGUGCCAGAGGUAGCUAGCUUGCUAGCGCAGGAGAGGGUGUGCUUUCGAGCCGCCCGUCAAAUUACUCAAGACCCAUGCCUUUGGUACAUUUACUUUAGAAAGUAAUGGGACGACACGUUCAGUUGUUGUGUUCAAGUUGUUAAAACCGCUGAGAUGUAUUUGUAGGUAGGUGCUGUCGCACACGUACAAAUGUGUCAUGCAUGCCAUUGAAUGGUUUUGACAGCUGGCAAGUAAACUUCUCUUGCAAAGCCAGGCCCGGUGUAGCUAGUUGCAUAGCUGUUGCUACUUUUGACAUUUAGCAAUGCCCACUACUGUCAGAUAACAAAUCAACACGCAAUUGUCACUGCAUUUACUAUCACCGGUAUCUAGCUAUCAUUGCAAAUUAGCUAGGUAACGUUAUUGAAAUGUAGCUAGUUUGGUUGGUUACUAAAGUGUUGUAGUUACUGUGUCAUUAUCAAAGACACAAAUUAGCUGUAUAAGCAGCUGUCAAUGGACCUCGAAACGAUAUUCUCGGAUGACAGCCCCGGUGUUUAUUUCUUAAACUCGGUCAGCAGCCAAAGAACGAACCCUAUUGAAUCCCUAUUGAUACGGUGGUGUUGUUGCCACCAUCAGUGGUAUAGGACGUGUGGCCGACUUGUGUUUAAACAGAUAAUCAGAUUAUGUAACUACUAAGCGUGCUCCUAACUUCUUCCCUGCUAGCUACACUUCAACUUUGUUUUUCUUUGCAUGACAUUCUAAGUAUUUGUCUUACUAAUUGUUACUUCCUCUGUAGCUGCAAGCUUUCGAUACCUUUCCCAUGUAACUGACACCGGAAUGCUUUCUCAGUGAGACAUGUGCACACAUAUAACUAAAAUAUAAAUGUGGGUCCUCCCACAAUUAAAGAUAUUGAAGUUGGGCACCUUCUACAGACAGGAGGAACCCCAAGAGACCGUGUGUAAUUCAAACCCUGGUGAAUCAACAUGUCUUGUGUAAUAAUCUGGCUUGUUGGUGUGUGUCUACUAGGCAUUUGACCUGGUUCGUUGGUGUGUGUGUGUGUGUUCCUUAGAUUAACAGGUAUGCCAAAGGAAAAAUAUGAUCCCCCGGAUCCCCGCCGAUUAUACACCAUCAUGUCAGCUGAGGAGGCAGCCAACGGGAAGAAGUCACACUGGGCCGAGCUGGAGAUAUCAGGUCAGUCAACCAGUCAGUUAGCUGGAGAUAUCAGGUCAGUCAACCAGUCAGUUAGCUGGAGAUAUCAGGUCAGUUAGCUGGAGAUAUCAAGUCAGUCAACCAGUCAGUUAGCUGGAGAUAUCAGGUCAGUCAACCAGUCAGUUAGCUGGAGAUAUCAGGUCAGUCAACCAGUCAGUUAGCUGGAGAUAUCAGGUCAGUUAGUUAGCUGGAGAUAUCAGGUCAGUUAGCUGGAGAUAUCAGGUCAGUUAGUUAGUUAGCUGGAGAUAUCAGGUCAGUUAGCUGGAGAUAUCAGGUCAGUCAGUCAGUUAGCUGGAGAUAUCAGGUCAGUCAACCAGUCAGUUAGCUGGAGAUAUCAGGUCAGUCAACCAGUCAGUUAGCUGGAGAUAUCAGGUCAGUCAGUUAGCUGGAGAUAUCAGGUCAGUCAACCAGUCAGUUAGCUGGAGAUUUCAGGUCAGUCAGUUAGCUGGAAAUAUCAGGUCAGUUAGUCAGUUAGCUGGAGAUUUCAAGUCAGUCAGUCAGUUAGUUAGCUGGAGAUAUCAGGUUCGUCAAUUAGUCAGACAGACAGUCAGUCAGUCAGUGAGAGAAAGAAAGACACUUUGGAAAAGCUAAUAAAAAGCAAACAAUCUGUCCUAUUAAGUAGGGAUGGGCAUGAGUACUCAAAUGGCGUCAAAACACGAUCUUUAAUCAGAGAUAAUAAAAAAGAUAUACAACUUUUUGGUCGAAAAGGUUGUCUUGAAGACAACAUCAAUUAGCUUUGAUUCUAGUGUUCCAUUUGUACAUGUGUAUUUGCGGGACACAACAAAAAAAAUAAACGAAGCCAAGCGUCACACAGUUGUUAUAAAAAAAUAUUUGGUUCUGCUCCUUAAAUUCCCUUUCCCCUCUGUGUGUCUCACUCGCUUAAUUGCGUUCCGACCACUGCCUCUACACACGCACAUUUAUCACUAAUUCAAAAUGGCCUGGUUGACUGAAGUAGGGAAAUAUAUGUUUCAACAAUGAGCUGCAGUUUUUGAAUAAUUGCGUAAUUUUCCGCUGAGGGUACUUUGCGCCUGUCACUAGUUACCAUAGCCACAAAGUCAACAUUGGCUAUAUCUUAAAAAUUCAUGAAAACAAACAUUUUAUAUUUUGGUCUUAAUUGAAGGUUAGGCAUAAGAUUAACAGUGUGGUUAAGGUUAGGAUUAGGUUUAAAAUUAGAUUUUUAAGAAGCAAAAUUGUACAAACAAGCAGGGUUUAUGACUGUGGCUGUGGUAACUAGUGUUAGUGAUGACCCCACUUUGCGAACUGCUAGUGGCAUUUAGAAUAGGUUAGCCUGGGCUAUUACCCCCUGAACAUAGACAGACAGGUUGCACACUGAAAAUAUGCAAAUAGUUUGAUAAAGACAAAGAGUGUAUUUUCAUCAGAAUCAUAAAGCCUAGGCCUACUCACCAAACAGAUUUCAUGGCCGUAAUUCAUCGCCAUGCAGUGUUCAAUGUAGAAUUGUUUAAUCCAUUUAGUAAAUACCAAGGAACAGGCAAAAUAAACUACAUCUAAUGUCUGUUUUAUUGAAAAGAAGACAGAUUGUGUUUUCUAAUCCUGAAAAAUGCUAAUCACUUCACACUAUUCUGUUAUAUUUUAUUCUGUUAUGUUACGUCGUGUUUUUUUUACUAUAAAAUAGGCGUGUCUUGACUGUGAAAAGGGCUCGGGAAAUAAGAGCGUCUUGUCUGCUAAAUGAACAAAACAAGACUAUGCGGUUGCACAGCCACAGUCCCUUUUCUAGUACACCACACACAGACGUGACGCGCAGAUGCGGCAGUAAGAAAGCCAUCGCCAUCUCCAUCUGCGCCCAUUCAACAUAGCUUAGAUGUACGUUUUUAUUACUUCUAAACAAAAUAACUUUUUAUGGGGUUCUCAUACACUUACAAUGAUGUUUUUGAUUCUUGCUUGAACAGUCAUUAAGAUUAUAUUUGGUUGUGAUCUUUGCAAAAUAACUAUUUUGGAUGCAGCAGUUGUUAGCUAGGAUGCUAAUGCUCAUUGAUAUAGGCUGUAGCAAAAGCAAGCCAAAGAGCCAUUUUACUGGUUGAAGUUGAAGUGUUUAAUGUAUAAUGCAGUUGAUUUGUGAUGAUGACACAAACAUUAUAUUAAGCAGGACAUUCAUACGAGCCUAAAAAUCCAAUUAUAACCCAAAAGUAGCAUGAAAUGCAGUCAUAAGCAACAUUUAAAUAGAGGCUUUUUUUUGCUGGCGUUCUAUAAGAACUUGUCAACAGUGAAGAGGCGACUCCGGGAUGCUGACCUAGGCAGACUUACAAAGAAAAAGCCAUAUCUCAGACUGGCCAAUAAAAAUAAAACAUUAAGAUGGGCAAAAGAACACAGACACUGGACUUUUUCUUUGCAACUCUGCCUAUGUACUCCCGAGUGGCGCAGUGGUCUAAGCCACUGCAUCGCAGUGCUAGCUGUGCCACUAGAGAUCCUGGUUCGAAUCCAGGCUCUGUCGUAGCCGGCCGCGACCGGGAGACCCAUGGGGCGGCGCGCACAAUUGGCCCAGCGUCGUCCAGGGUAGGGGAGGGAAUGGCCGGCAGGGGAUGUAGCUCAGUUGGUAGAGCAUGGCGUUUGCAACGCCAGGGUUGUGGGUUCGAUAAAAAAAUAAUGUAUGCACUAACUGUAAGUCGCUCUGGAUAAGAGCGUCUGCUAAAUGACUAAAAUGUAAAUGUAGGUCAGCAUCCCGGAGUCGCCUCUUCACUGUUGACGUUGAGACUGGUGUUUUGCGGGUACUAUUUAAUGAAGUUGCCAGUUGAGGACCUGUGAGGCGUCUGAUUCUCAAACUAGACAUUCUAAUGUAUUUGUCCUCUUGCUCAGUUGUGCACCGGGGCCUCCCACUCCUCUUUCUAUUCUGGUUAGAGACAGUUUCCGCUGUUCUGUGAAGGGAGUAGUACACAGCGUUGUACGAGAUCUUCAGUUUCUUGGCAAUUUCUCGCAUGGAAUAGCCUUCAUUUCUCAGAACAAGAAUAGACUGACGAGUUUCAGAAGAAUAAUUCUUUGUUUCUGGCCAUUUUGAGCCUGUAAUCAAACCCACAAUUGCUGAUGCUCCAGAUACUCAACUAGUCUCAAGAAGGCCAGUUUUAUUGCUUCUUUAAUCAGCACAACAGUUUUCAGCUGUGCUAACAUAAUUGCAAAAUGAUUUUCUAAUGAUCAAUUAGCCUUUUAAAAUGAUAAACUUGGAUUAGCAACACAACGUGCCAUUGGAACACAGGACUGAUGGUUGCUGAUAAUGGGCCUCUGUACGCCUAUGUAGAUAUUCCAUAAAAAAUCAGCCGUUUCCAGCUACAAUAGCCAUUUAUAACAUUAACAAUGUCUACACAGUAUUUCUGAUCAAUUUGAUGUUAUUUUAAUGGACAAAAAAAUUGCUUUUCUUUCGAAAACAAGGACAUUUCUAAGUGACCCCAAACUUUUGAACGGUAGUGUGUAUAUAUACAGUACCAGUCAAAAGUUUGGACACCUACUCAUUCAAGGGUUAUUCUUUAUUUUUACUAUUUCCUACAUUGUAGAAUAAUAGUGAAGACAUCAAAACUAUGAAAUAACACAUAUGGAAUCAUGUAGUAACCAAAAAAGUGUUAAACAAAUCAAAAUAUUUUAGAUUCUUCAAAGAAGCCACCCUUUGCCUUGAUGACAGCUUUGCACACUCUUGGCAUUCGCUCAACCAGCUUCACCUGGAAUGCUUUUCCAACAGUCUUGAAGGAGUUCCCACAUAUGCUGAGCACUUGUUGGCUGCUUUUCCUUCACUCUGCGGUCCAACUCAUCUCAAUUGGGUUGAGGUUGGGUGAUUGUGGAGGCCAGGUCAUCUGAUGCAGCACUCCAUCACUCUCCUGGGUAAAAUAGCCCUUACACAGCCAAAGGUGUGUUGGGUCAUUGUCCUGUUGAAAAACAAAUGAUAGUCCUACUAAGCGCAAACCAGAUGGGAUGGCGUAUCGCUGCAGAAUGCAGUGGUAGCAAUGCUGGUUAAGUGUGCCUUGAAUUCUAAAUAAAUCACAGACAGUGUCACCAGCAAAGCACCAUCACACCUCCUCCUCCAUGCUUCACGGUGGGAACCACACAUGCAGUGAUCAUCCGUUCACCUACUUUGCGUCUCACAAAGACAUGGCGGUUGGAACCAAAAAUCUAAAAUUUGGACUCAUCAGACCAAAUGACAGAUUUCCACUGGUCUAAUGUCCAUUGCUUGUGUUUCUUGGCCCAAGUCUCUUCUUCUUAUUGGUGUCCUUUAGUAGUGUUUUUUUUGCAGCAAUUCGACCAUGAAGGCCUGAUUUCAUGCAGUCUCCUCUGAACAGUUGAUGUUGAGAUGUGUCUGUUACUUGAACUCUGUGAAGCAUUUAUUUGGGCUUACAUUUCUGAGGCUGGUAACUCUAAUGAACUUAUCGUCUGCAGCAGAGGUAACUCUGGGUCUUCCUUUCCUGUGGCGGUCCUCAUGAGAGCCAGUUUCAUCAUGGCGCUUGAUGGUUUUUGCGACUGCACUUGAAGAAACUUUAGAAGUUAUUGAAAUGUUCCAUAUUGACUGACCAUGUCUUGAAGUAAUGAUGUACUGUCGUUUCUCUUUGCUUAUUUGAGCUGUUCUUGCCAUAAUAUAGACUUGGUCUUUUACCAAAUAGGGCUAUCUUCUGUUUACCCCCACUGCCUUUUCACAACACAACUGAUUGGCUCAAACGCAUUAAGAAGGAAAGACAUUCCACAAAUUAACUUUUAACAAGGCACACCUGUUAAUUGAAAUGCAUUCCAGGUGACUACCUCAUGAAGCUGUUUGAGAGAAUGCCAAGAGUGUGCAAAGCUGUCAUCAAUGCAAAGGGUGGCUACUUUGAAGAAUCUCAAAUAUAAAAUAUAGUUUGAUUUGUUUAACACUUUUUUGGUUACUACAUGAUUCCAUAUGUGUUAUUUAAUAGUUUGAUGUCUUCACUAUUAUUCUACAAUGUAGAAAAUAGUACAAAUAAAGAAAAACCCUUGAAUGAGUAGGUGUGUCCAAACUUUUGACUGGUACUGUGUGUGUGUGUGUGUGUGUGUGUGUGUGUGUAUAUAUAUAUAUAUAUGAAGUAGUAGUAAAAUUAGCACAUUUUUUCCAGUGUAGCCCAUGUUAUUAUUUUAUUUAUUAUUAGAGUACUGAGGUACUUGAAAAGAAAAAUGCAAGUACUCUUGCAGUCAAACAAGGUCAAAUGCCCAUCCCUACUAUGAAGAAUGCCGUAUUGGAAGCCUUGCCUGUAUCGUUUAGUGCUAACAAGGAUCACAUCCAUUUCACCCAUCUCUCCUCUGUCUCCUCUCCAGGUCGAGUCAGGAGUCUGAGCAGUUCUCUGUGGACCCUCACCCACCUGACGGCUCUACACAUCAACGACAACAACCUGAGUCGCAUCCCGCCCGACAUCGCCAAGCUGCCACACCUGGCCUACCUGAACCUGUCGUCCAACAAGCUCCGCAGCCUGCCCGCCGAACUCGGAAACAUGGUGUCUCUCAGGUAAGAGCUCCUGUGUGGUUGUGUAUUCCUGAAGUGGUGCUGGCACCGCUAAGGUUGUGGGUUCAAUUCCGGUUGGGAUCACAUUCACUUACUGAAAAUGUAUGCACUCACUGUACUGUAAGUUGCUGUUUUAUAGAAGCAUUUGCAAAGUGGCAUAAGAUGCCACCAGAAUGGUGGAGGUUUUCCACUUUCUACAGACGUUUUCCCUAUCACUUUUUCCCCCCCAGGGAAUUGCUUUUAAACAACAAUCUUUUGCGAGUUUUACCCUACGAACUGGGGCGGCUGUUCCAACUACAAGCCCUGGGGCUAAAAGGUACGUCUUAGUUUGGCAACACUUUACUUUAAGGUUACCUUUUAUAGUUCUAUAAAGGGUUUAUAAUGACUUAAUUAACUAUUAAUUACACAUUUUUAGACACAGGUAACCACAGUGUUAGAUUACUUAUUAUUAUUAUUAUUAUUAUUAUUAUUAUUAUUAUUAUUAUUAUUAUUAUUAUUAAGGCUUAUUAUUGUAUCUCUGUGCAGGUAACCCUUUGUCCCAAGACAUCCUCAACCUGUACCAGGAAUCAGACGGAACCAGAAAGCUCUUGAACUA